GUGGCUGGAUCACUGCCUCUCUUUUCUCAGGGCAGACUUUUUAAUGAUGACGAUCCCUACCCCAACCAAGAGAAAGCAAGCGGACAAGGUGAUAUCGGAUCAGUUCCUCGCUGCGGAGCUUGAUGAGGUUGAGGAGCUGCUCAAAGAAGGGGAAAAGAUACCGUAUAAGCCUGAAAUCGUAUGGCGAAAUGUAAUUCUGUUCGCUGGUCUUCACAUCGGAGCGCUAAUAGGCUUUUACCAACUUCUGUUCAUUGCCAAAUGGUCGACAGUUUUCUGGUCAAUUGCGCUGCAUGUAGCAGGAGCGAUCGGAGUGACAGCCGGCGCUCAUCGCUUAUGGUCGCAUAAGUCUUACAAAGCAAAUCUGCCCUAUCGCAUCCUCGUAAUGCUUAUGAACACCACUGCUUUUCAGAACGACAUCAUUGAAUGGGCUCGUGAUCACAGAUGUCACCAUAAAUGGACGGAUACACACGCUGAUCCGCACAACACCAAGAGAGGUUUCUUCUUUUCACACAUGGGUUGGCUCUUAGUCAAAAAACAUCCGCAGAUCAAGGAGCAAGGCAAAAAACUCGACCUCUCUGAUUUGUAUGCUGAUCCUGUCUUGGUUUUUCAAAGAAAAUAUUAUAUCCCAAUGGUUCUAUUGUUCUGUUUUUUGCUUCCAACUGUCAUUCCUGUUUACAUGUGGAAGGAAUCACCGCUGAUCGCUUUCUACACAGCCGCACUUUUCCGCUACUGCUUCCUUUUACACUCUACGUGGUUUAUUAACAGUGCUGCACACAUGUUUGGUUAUAAGCCUUACGAUUCACGAAUUUCUCCAGUCGAGUCUGUUUGGACGUCGGUCACUGCAGUUGGUGAAGGAGGGCACAAUUUCCACCACACAUUUCCCCAGGAUUAUCGGGCUUCCGAGUAUUCGAUGAAGUUGAAUUGGACUUGCUUGUUCAUAGAUGCGUUCGCCGCUAUAGGAUGGGUGUAUGACAGAAAAUCCGUUUCUGAAGAAUACGUUCAAAGACAAUGUGACAAACAUGGAGACCCAGAGAAGAGGCACAAGUGGUCAACUUUUUCAUGAAUAGAGAGCAAAGUUUUGAAUUCAUCCACAUUGGUGGUGCUCGCAAAGUGAUUAAUUCAGCCUAAAUGUCCUUUUUAUCCACA